AACCCAACCUUCAGCUGAAAUCAUCAAUCGGUUUUGUUAUUUGUUUUUUAAUUUUUUGUUGUUAAUUGUAUUGAUUGUUAGUUAAUUUAUUUAUUUAAUUUUCUUCGUUUCUUCAUUGUUAGUUAAUUUGUUCUUUCUCUCUCUCACUCUUGUACCAUAAAUUAUAAUCUAAAAUGGGUGAAGGAACAACCGAAAGUGUCUAUGGCGGAUGUGAAGGUCCCAAUGCGAUGUAUGUUAAAUUACUUUCAUCCGAUGGACAUGAAUUUAUAAUUAAAAGAGAUUAUGCUUUAACCUCUGGAACAAUUAAAGCCAUGUUAAGUGGUCCAGGUCAGUUCGCGGAAAACGAAACUAACGAGGUGCAUUUCAAGGAGAUUCCUUCUCAUGUUCUUCAGAAGGUUUGCCAAUACUUCAUUUACAAAGUACGUUACACUAACAGCGCAACUGAGAUUCCAGAAUUUCCGAUCGCCCCUGAAGUUGCCUUGGAACUUCUGAUGGCUGCUAACUUUUUGGACUGUUAAUCUAUGUUCCUCUUAUCCCUCAUUGAUCCAAUUACUGUGGUCAAACAUGAAUUUAGAGAAAACAAAAACAAAAACCAAACAAAAGAAGAAACAAUUCCCUGUUUCUUUUUUUUCUUUCUAUCUUCUUUAUCUUCACUUUAUCGCUUCUUCUUUCUCUUUAAUCUCUUUCCACAAUUAUAUCCUUUUAAUCAAUAAUUUAGGAUAUAAAUCAUAAUUAACUUUUCAUCUUCUUUCUUUCUUCAAUGUCUAUAAAUAUCACUAUCCUUAAAACUCUAUUUUUUGAUUACUAUCUAAUUAACAACUGAUUUAGAAAGUUAUUAUCAAUCAAUCUAAGUAAAUAACUAAAAUAAUCAAUCCUCUCCACAAGUAUUCACAAAUAAAACAGUGACUCUAAAUAUCUUUGGGUUACUCACAGUAAUCAUAUUAAAGACGAUCGAUGUUA